AGAGCUCAGUCAGUGAGCAGUGUGUGUGGUGGGCGGACGUAGAGAGGUUGAAGUUUGGCAGUGCUUGCGAGAUCUGUGUAGCGACAGAGUUCCUCGGCGAGCUGUCGUGUGUUGGUAGCAGUCUUCUGGCUGGAGAAGAGGCUUUUCCGACGCAGGUCUGUCAGCACACAGGUGGCAGGCGCACCAGCUGGGAGGAGGGGGCGGAGAAAGGUAGCAGAGAGCCGAUCGCAGGAGCCUGGUUUUAAGACAGCGGGAACCGGUUUGGCGGCUGCCCAAUCAUCGCGCGCUGCACUCGAAGCACAACCGGCCGCCGCGACAGAUGACUUAUAACGGCGAAGGAUGCACCAGCCGCGACUCCGCAAGUGGGUCAGUUAGCAGAAGCGAAUAGCAGAGAGGAGAGGCGGGAUAAAGUGGACCUGUCCCGGUUAGUGGAAUAGCUGCGCGCGCGCCGGAGGCGAACAGCGAAGCAAAGGCGGUCGCGGAGAGAGCCUUCGAGGCGCGCCGCUAGUUGCCCAUUCGCCGAGGUCGGCGGCUGCUUGUUAUUGUGUCGUGUUAAGUGCGUGGCAGCGCCAGCGGGAGGUGCCAAGUGUUUACCUUCGCCGGCCACGUAACUCUCUGCGUAGUUGGCAGAAGCUGUGUCGGAGUGGACAGCGGUGUUUCUGUCGAGUGUGUUCCGGAGGAGCUGACAAUGUGAUGCGGUGAACGGGCGUCCGCGCAAAGUGUUGGUGGUUAUGUCGCCGGGCGUGCAGAGAUAAGUGCCAUGUGCGGCGGUGCUGCCGGAUAACUUCCGUGGUGCGUAUCGCCAGCGCAGGCGGUGUCAAGGAAUAUGGGGGCCAACAUGGGCAAGAACUCAUCCCUUUUGGACGCACUGCCCUCGACGCAGGGCACGUUGCACGUCGUAAUGCUGGGACUGGACAGUGCGGGCAAGACGACGGCGUUGUACCGAUUAAAGUUCGACCAGUACCUGAACACGGUGCCGACGAUCGGCUUCAACUGCGAGAAGGUGAAGGGCACGACGGGGCGCGCCAAGGGCGUCAGCUUCCUCGUGUGGGACGUGGGCGGCCAGGAGAAGCUGCGCCCGCUCUGGCGCAGCUACACGCGCUGCACCGACGGCAUCGUCUUCGUGCUCGACUCGGUCGACGUCGAGCGCCUCGAGGAGGCAAAGAUGGAGCUGGCGCGCACGGCCAAGGCGCCAGACAACGCGGGAGUGCCCGUGCUGGUGCUGGCCAACAAGCAGGACCUGCCGGGCGCGCGAGAACCGCGCGAGAUCGAGAAGCUGCUCGGCCUGCACGAGCUGGCCGCCUCCACGUCGUGGCACGUGCAGCCCGCGUGCGCCAUCACCGGCGAGGGCCUGCACGAGGGCAUGGAGGCGCUCUACGAGAUGAUCCUCAAGCGGCGCAAGCUCGCCAAGCAGGCCAAGACACGCAAGAGAUAGGAAGACUGCCGUGCCGACCGCCAUUCACGUUUCCCCCGUGCCCACCCCUCCCCGUCCCUGUUUGCUAGCGUUAUUACUGUUCUCCCUCUGCCCUUCGCACUUGUUAUCCCGUUCCUCCUUCGUGAGACGCUUAGUAAACGGUUGCCACCCCCACGCUGAAAGGUGCGCGUAAUUCAUUGUAUAGUCGACAAUGGUCACAAGUCCCAUACUUAAACUGUCAUAAGUAGUCCAUCUCAUAUGCACGCAUUGAUAAUACUUCUUGCGAGAAUUUGAGCCACUUGCUUGUACUGCCCCAACACGCUGUUUUACAACUCCCAAACAAGUUGUGAUUAAUAAACAGGUACAUAGAUAAAAAUCAAAAACACACUAAUAAGCAUGUGCCUGAACUGAAUGUGCUUCAAUCUAUCUAUUGGUGUCAAAUUUCUGCUUCAGUUUCUUUUUUCUGCCUUGAGUGUGCUGUUUAUCAGCAUUACACUUGGGCCUAAACAAAACGGCUCAUAUGUUCCUAGGAAAACAGCUGCAAAUUAUUCAUAUGUUGUGUUUAUUUCAUCAGUGCAACAAAUUGAUCUGUUCUGUGUAAAUUUCCAAACGAAACAUUGAGGUUAGUUUCAGUGCAGUAAUUGCCACAGAAUGUUUUAUGGCUUUCAAUGACUGUAUGCCUCUAUAUAAUUUAAUUGUAGAGGCACUUAUAACUGGAAUCUCUUAGCACAGACUGAUUCAGUCUCAACAUUUUGUGCUGCUUCAUUUCUGGAACUGAUUUAGUUCAGUACCAAACAGCUUGCUCAAACUUACCCCAUAUGUCAGUGUGAAGUGGCUAAGAACUUUUGUCCAGUUUGUGUUUCAAUAAAAUGGUGACAGUUGCUUAUUGCUAUGCAUCAUUUUGUGUUUGUGUGGAAGUGUUCUUAUUUGCAGGUAGAGGGCUGUAGUACAGAUGAGUCACUUGGCAGUUACAACCUAUCUAGUGUCAUUGGUAAAUAAGCAAAAUGCAGAAUGUAGUGUUAUGUAAA